AUGGCGACCUUGGAUGGUGAAGGGCUGGGGCUGGGGCUACAUAAGCCCCAAGACAUGAUGAUGUCUCCGUGGACUGUUGCAGCUCUCCAACGAUACAACAACAACGAGUCUGGAGGAGAAGAUCACGACCUUCAACUGCCCACGACUUUCGACAUCGACUAUCAGAAUCUUUCUCUGCUACUCCAAGAAGCACAAGCGGCAGCCAUAUUAUACCCAUCACAGUGCGCAAAACCGAAGCCCUCGUACCCUGGAGGUACCAUUGUUCGGCCCUGCAGCAUUCCAGUCACCGUUACCACCCUCGUGGUUCCGGCACUGCGAUCUGUAGCCGGAGUGGUGGCGACGAAGGACCCCUACUAUUCCUCGGAAGCAAGCCGAUCGGGCGAUUUGUCCCAGGGCCCCACCCACACCACUACCGAUUACCGAGUUGGAGAAUACGACACAUCGGCUGUACCCCUGAGGCGGCGGCGGAGGAAACACAACAUACUUCCUUUUUCGGCAGUCAACAUGGGUACCUCUACAGGCAGCCGCUGUCUGGAAACCUCAACCUCGACCGAGGAAUUGUGGACUGGUACUAUCAAACCAGCUGUACUCCUCAACGGUAUCAAACCAUGUCUACUCCGAAAAGAUUGCUUCACAGUUAGGACUUUGGAGUUUGAAGUGCCAUUAGACCAUCAUUCUCGUCACACUUUCCAAAAAGAUGCCCUAAAACUGCACGCAGAACUUGUAGACGGCUUUCCAUCUCCCAACCACCCCAACCCAACACCAGAUGCCCUCAGUAGUGUCCCCAUAUCCACCCAGAAACCAUUCAUCCUCUACCUCUGCGGUGGUCCCGGAGACGGAAACCCUUCCGAGAGGGUCCCCGACCUGAACAAGGUCUGUAUAGACAGGGGCUACCAAGUGCUUUACGUCCACUACCGAGGAACCGGUCUCAGUCCUUUGUUCUCCGACUCGACAGUAAAGGACAAGGUCAUGCAAAUGUCCGACAAUGACAAAGCCAGUUACCUCGCCAAGUUCCGACAAGAUAACAUUGUUCGCGACCUCGAAGCUAUUCGACUCUGCCUCGAAAAGAAACUGAACAACAAAAUCAAGUGGACACUCAUAGGCCAAUCCUUUGGCGGCUGGAUAGCCACCACUUACCUCUCCUUCCUCCCCGAAUCCCUACAAGCAGUGUACAUCAGCGCCGGGAUGCCACCGCUGGGCAAGACACCGAGGGAGGUAUACGAGAAGACGUAUGCCCAUAUUGUUAGGAGGAACGAGGAUUACUUUAAUGAGUAUUUUCCCGAAGACCAAGAACAUGUGCGGACUAUUGUUGAGCAUUUGAGGGAUCAGGCACCGUUGCAGAAGGGUUUUGGGGUUGAUGGACAGCCUGCGCAGUUCAGAGGGUAUGAGCUGUAUGGAGAGAAGGGAGAGAGCAGAGGGACUUAUUUGACUUACCAGACUUUCAUGACGCUGGGACGGACGUUUGGGUCUGCUCCUGUUGUUAGCAGAGACGAAGAGGAAGAUGACGACGAACAGCUAUCACCCACCAGCUCAAUCGGGGCUCUGACUAUCAAGCCCAGCAAGAGCUCGUUGGCCUCCUCCAGAGUCACCCAUACCACUGACGCUGAUACACCGAGCGCAUCAGCGUCCUACCGAUCUUCGGUGGCCACGAGCUUCACAUCCACUUCCGACCUGUCUUCCCUCCCGGAACCAACAACAAAAAUCCCACCCGCCUACGCAAAGCUGCACAACCUCAUAACGUAUCUAAUCACCGACCUUAACUCAUCGUCAUCUAAGGGCAUCUCCCAAGAAACACUAACCCUCUACACAAACCUCGAAUCAUUCGCCCUCCACCGCCGCCCCCUCUACGCUUUACUUCACGAAGCAAUCUACUGUUCUUCCACUUGCUCACAAACCAGCCAACCAUCGAACUGGGCUGCUACAGAGGUCGCUUUGUCUCAUCCAUCUGGCGGCUUCAGCUGGCUUUCCCCUUCCCCUUCUCUCUCCUCUUCCCCUUCCACUUCCUCCUCCGCUACCUCCACCACCUCAAUCUCAUCAAUUAUAUCAACGAGGAAGGAGGGAAAGGGAAAGUACUACUUCACAGGCGAAACCCUCCACCCCUCCCCUCUCUCUGCCCUCGGCGGUUCUGCACUCUCCCCCUUCUUAGGCGCAGCCGAUAUCCUCGCCCGGAAAAAUGACUGGCCGGCUCUAUACUCCCUUCCUUCUCUCCAAGCAAAUAGGGAGGGGGUAAGGGUGAGGGCAGUGGCAUACAAAGAGGAUAUGUACGUGGAUUUGCAGCUGUCGAAGGAGGCGGCGCGGAUGAUUGGAGGGUGUGAAUUAGUUGUUUGUCCUUUUCGGGAAUGGGGACAUGGGAGUAUUAAGGAGGUGGACAAGACGGAGACGGUGUUGGGGUGGUUGUUUGAUGGUGUUUGA